AUGAAGUAGUAGGAUAUGAAGCAGCCACAUGAACAGCAGUCCCGGGGUGAGGACUGGCCGGGCGGGAGCGUGAAGAUGGCCGUCCCGUGUCAGAUGGUGAGGGACAGGUUCCCGGAUAUAGACGAGGAAAUCUUUCAGUAUGUCGAAGGUGUCCUUGCAAGCACUGAAGACUUUGAGAACAGUGAGGAUGUGUACGAUGCCAUUGGUGGGCUGCUGGUGGAUGCCGUGGGCCUUGAGAAGGAUGGAGAGAUCAGGAGGCUGUGUGGGGAGGUGAUGGACCAGUUGACGACGGCUAAUGGUGCUCUGGAGCACAAGACCCUGGAGGCACCGGUGCAGCUGGCACAGAUGGCAGCUAACAUGGAGCUGGACGAGCACGAAAUCAAGUCUGUCUGGACAAGGGAGAGAGAUGACGCACUGAAAGUUGACCAGAGAAAACUGGAUAAAGCAGAGGCAAAGCUCAAAGAAAAGAAGGAGAAGCGUAUCAACACAGACAAGAAGGAGUUGCAGCCACCCAUCAUCCUGGAGAUGGCCACGGCCUCCCAGAUUGUCAGUAAGAAGGACAGAGCCUUGGAUGCAAAAGGAAUCUGCAACACAAAGGACAUCAGGAUAGAAAGCUUUGAUGUGGCCUAUGGUGACAGGGUUCUCAUUCAGAAUGCAACUAUAUCUCUAGCCUUUGGUAGAAGAUAUGCCUUAGUAGGGAGAAAUGGUCUUGGGAAAACAACGCUGCUGAGAAUGAUGGCAAGCCGGAGCCUCCGCAUCCCGAGUCACAUCUCCAUCCUGUACGUGGAGCAAGAGGUGACAGGAGAUGACACCACAGCCCUUGAGAGUGUGCUGGAGUGUGACAUUCAGCGCAGAACCUUGCUGAACCGAGAGAAAGAGAUUCAGAGCAGAAUAUCUCAAGGAGAGCAAGAUGAUAGCCUCGCCACACAGCUGUCUGAGGUGUAUGCAGAGCUUCAGGCCAUUGAGGCAGACAAGGCCCCUGCCAAGGCUAGUGUCAUCCUCAAUGGACUUGGCUUCAAUCCUGAGAUGCAGUCAAGGAAGACCCGGGAGUUCUCUGGAGGGUGGAGAAUGAGGAUAGCAUUGGCCAGAGCACUCUUCUCACAGCCAGACCUCCUGCUGCUUGAUGAGCCUACUAACAUGUUGGACAUGAAGGCCAUCAUCUGGUUGGAAAACUACCUGAUGGGUUGGGCAUCUACCUUACUUGUGGUGUCUCAUGACCGUCACUUCCUGGACAUUGUGCCCACUGAUGUUCUGCACCUCCACUCCCAGACCAUCGACAUGUACAGAGGAAACUAUGAAAACUUUAUUCAGACCAAGAAUGAGCGGCAGAAGAAUCAGCAGAGAGAGUACGACGCCCAGAUGCAGUUUCGUGCCCAUGUCCAGGAGUUUAUAGACAAGUUUCGCUACAAUGCCAAACGUGCUUCCCUUGUCCAGUCCAAGAUUAAAAUGCUCGAGAAAUUGCCUGAGCUGAAACCCAUUGAAAAGGAGGUGAAGGUGGUGCUGAGGUUUCCUGAGGUGGAGAAGUUGAGUGGCUCCGUCUUGCAGUUAGAUGAGGUGCAGUUUGAAUACACUCCAGGAAAUCCCAUCUUUACCAGUGUCAAUCUCUCGGCUGCCAUGGACUCCAGAAUAUGUAUUGUUGGAGAAAAUGGCACGGGCAAGACCACACUGCUGAAGAUCCUGCUGGGGGAGCUGGACACAACCAAAGGACACCGGCUGGCCAACAGGUCGCUGAGGAUAGGCUACUUCACUCAGCACCAUGUGGACCAGCUGGACAUGAGGGUGUGUCCUGUAGAGCUGCUACAAAAUAAAUACCAAGGGCGGCCAACUGAAGACUACCGUCGUCAGCUUGGGUCUUUUGGCGUCAGUGGCGACCUGGCCCUGCAGCAGCUGGCCAGUCUGUCAGGUGGUCAGAAGUCCCGUGUGGCCUUUGCUCUCAUGUGUAUGGGCAAUCCUAAUUUCUUCAUCCUUGAUGAGCCGACUAACCACCUGGACAUUGAGACGAUUGAGGCUCUGGGAGAGGCAAUCAGUAAAUUCAAGGGUGGAGUGGUGUUAGUGUCCCACGACGAGAGGCUUAUCCGCAUGGUGUGCACUGAGCUGUGGGUAUGCGGGGACAAGAAGGUGCGGUGCGUGGAGGGCGGCUUUGACGAGUACAGGGUGCUUGUCGAGAAGGAGAUUCAGGCCACCUUAUAAGGUUGUCUCUUCUCUAGUGAGUUAUUUUAACCACAUUUAGCUACAAAAUUUUGAAUUCUGUUGUCAAUGUUAUACCGAACAAGGUUUUCUGUAGAACUUUGUGAUAUGGUUGAUUAAAUAUUUAUUUAUUUAUAUUAAAAGAAAAAUGCUUUUAUACAGAAGUGUUCUAACAUGCAAAAUGCCUAAGUCUUAUUUGCAAAAUCAGUUGACAAUAUAAGCAUUAUUUAUCUACAUACAUAUGCUUUUAUUUACCAACUUGACAUUUUCAGGUAAAGAUUUGGUUUUGACUUGUUAUAUAAUAGUUUAUACACUUACCCAUUCAGUGGUGCUACUAAAAUUGAUAAACAAAGAAA